ACGCGUUCUUCCUCCAAAUCCGUCGUUUCAGGUUUUCUCAGAAACCCCUCCCCAAAAGAAACGCGCCGUUUCGUCUCAAUUCAAUUCUCUUCAAGCUCAGCAUAUACUGGGUUGGAAGGAUGCAAUCAGAAUCAGAUAAAUGGGGAUGGAAGCAUGUCAGUGUUUUUGGUGGGUUUGAUAAGGGAAGUGGUACAAAAAGAUGGAAAUGCAAUCACUGCAAUAUAAGAUACAAUGGAUCCUAUUCUCGUGUUAGAGCUCAUCUGCUUGGUUUUUCUGGUGUUGGAGUCAAAAGCUGUCCGGCUAUAGAUAAUUCUUUGAAAGAAUCAUUUCAAAUGUUAGAAGAAGAGAGGGUUUCCCGGAAAAAGAAGAGAGCUUCUAUAACUGGUAAGCAUAGCAAGCGUAUUCGUACUCCUCGACCUAGUCUCACAUGUGUCACCAAAGAAGAUGUAGAUGAAAUGCUAGCAAGAUUCUUCUUUGCUGAUGGAUUAAACAUGAACAUUAUUAACUCGCCUUAUUUUCAUGAGAUGAUAAAAGCAGUUGCAGCUUUCGGCCCAGGCUAUGAACCCAUGUCAAUACAUGAGUUGUCUGGUUCCUUUUUGAGUAAAGAAAAAGAAAGAAUUGAGAAAUAUGUUGGUCUAGUUAGGGAAUCUUGGCCGCAUACAGGAUGCACAUUACUCUGCAUUGGACGUUUACACAGUAUGUCGGAUAGUUUUCAGGUUAACAUAUUUGUAUCUAGUCCAAGGGGACUCUCAUUCUUGAAAUCUGUAGAUGUAGACAGUGUUGAUGGAGCAGGAAACUCUGCUGUUAGUAUUCUUAGAAACACAAUUAUGGAUGUUGGACCUACAAAUGUGGUUCAGAUAAUCUCAUAUCUUGGCCCUGCCAAAACGUAUUCUGAAUCCUAUACCUUGGCCGAAUUUCCUCAUAUAUUUUGGUCUCCUUGCUCUGCACAUUCUAUCCGCAUUUUGAUGGAAGAUAUAGCUGAAUUGGAUUGGCUAAGACCUGUUGUUUUGUGUGCUAAAGAAAUUGACAAGUGCAUAAUUUCAUUUCAGAAUUUCUCUCCUUCUGUCUUCGGUGAAAACUUGAAAGGGUCUUCCGACUCACUGACCGCCAGAAUCGCACCCUCCUGUUACAUUGUCCAAAAGAUUCUUGAACUAAAGAAAGAAUUUCAAGAAGUGAUUGUGACUGAAGAGUGGAAGCAAUGGAAACUUAGUAUUCAACAAGAUAUUGGAAGCAUUGAAUCAACCAUAUUGGAGGAAGAUUUCUGGAGCAGGGGUCAUAUGAUGUUGCAAAUAUGUGAACCUUUUGUCAGAUUGUUUUCCACACUUGAUAUCAACCGGUGCAUCAUGGGAGAUGUCCACGAGUGGCGUGUUCAGGCUAUCGAGGCUGUAAAGAGUAGAGGAAUAAUAGAUGCUGGUGCACUCAAUCAGCUAGAAGGGUUGAUAGAUAACCGGUGGGAUGUGCUGUUUUCACCCCUUCAUUCUGCAGGUUAUAUAUUGAAUCCGAAAUACUUCGGCCGAGGUCAGGCCAAGGACAAAACCAUAAUGAGGGGUUGGAAAACAACAUUGGAGAGAUAUGAGUGUGAAAGCGCUAGUCGAAGAGUUCUGCGGGAGCAGCUCAGCUCUUAUUGGCGACUCGAAGGAUCAUUAGGAGAGGAAGAUGCAGUGGACUGUAGAGAUAAAAUGGAUCCGGUUGCUUGGUGGGAGAACUUUGGUUUUGAGAUGCCACACUUACAAACACUUGCCAUAAAAGUGCUGAGUCAGGUUUCAAGUGUUGCAAUGUGUGAAGAGAGUUGGCAACAUAAUGGUGGUAAUCCAUGCCAAGAAACAGAUGCUGGGUUGGAAGACCUUGUAUAUGUAAAGAACAAUCUAAGACUCCAAAGUCACAGAAUGGAUUCUCAUGCUACACAUGUUAAAGACAUGGUACCAAGUUCCCCCAUAGAAUUGAAGAGACAGGAAGUGCUUUCUAGUUCUGACAGAUUGUGUUAGCCUAUGAUGUUACUGGAUGCCUUGUAAAUAAUGCAUAGACUCUGAACUUUUUUUGUAGUAGAAAUUUCUGUUUGUGCUGGAAGAGGAGCAGCUGGAGUUCUUAUGUCUAACAAUUUUAGAGUGGGAAAUAGGACUAUCUUAGCUGAUAUUCAUUGUGGUAAGAUAUCUUAGGCCAUUAAUCUUUGUACAAAUUAUAUGCAAGUAACACUAAUAAGCUUAGGUUAGAAUCCUCCUAGCAUCUUUACGUAAUUGAAUCAUUUUUCUCUAA